AUGGGUCCGUCGUUGGCACGUGUCCUUACGCCCGGCUUUGUGCCCCUAAAAUCACAGACUGUUCAAGGCCUUGCAGAGUGGAUCCUAACUUCUCCAUCCCACCGCAACAUCAUCGUGCUCGCCGGAGCCGGGGCCAGCACCGCAGCUGGCAUCCCGGACUUCCGGAGCCCUGGGACGGGACUCUACGACAACCUACAGAAGUACAAUCUGCCAACCCCGCAGUCGAUCUUUAGCCUUGACUACUUUCGCAAGGCCCCAGACGCAUUCUACGAGCUAGCCAGAGAUCUUUGGCCUGGACUCCAAGGAUACCAGCCCACCCUCACGCAUCAGUUCAUCUCGAUGCUGGACCGGAAGGGCAGGCUCCUGCGAUGCUUUACGCAGAACAUCGAUGGCCUGGAACGCAUGGCCGGCCUGCCCCCAGAGCGGCUCGUUGCAGCUCAUGGCAGCUUUGACACGGCAUCCUGCAUAACCACAGGCCAGCGUGUGCCUGCAGAGGAAGUAAGGCAAGCGGUGGUCUUUGGUAAGGAGGGUCCCAAGGGCUGGCAGGCACUGCGUGAGAAGUAUGGAGGUCUCGUGAAGCCCGACAUUGUCUUCUUUGGCGAGAACUUGCCAGCAAACUUCUUCAACAGACGCAGACUGGACUUCUGCAAUUGCCAUAUGCUUAUCGUCAUCGGCACAUCGCUUUCAGUACACCCCUUUGCAAGCCUGCCGCACGAGCCACCUGCAUCUUGCAUUAAAAUACUUCUGAACCGGGAAGACGUUGAGGAUUUCAGCUUUGACAUCUCCCUGCUGGGGGAUUGCGACGACCACAUCCGGGUCCUGGUGAAUCAGCUGGGCUGGGAAAACGAGAUGGCAGAAUUGGCGGAGGCCAGCGACUAG